AAAAUGGCGCCCUCUUUCGGUCAGCGGCGGAACAAGAACAAAAUGUUCAGAAUGGAUGUUUCACUCUGACAGACCGUCCUCCCACUCUGACACCUCUAAAUAACAACUUCCUUCUGGACCUCUGCUUCCGUAGAUUUAAACUCAGGCUGUUAAUUUAAUUCAGUGUGUUAAUUUGGUCUAAAAACAGCUGGAAGCUACCCAGCUAGCCGAGCUUUAGCACCUUGAGCAGCCUCUGGAGGUCACCGGGCUGAGGAGGACCGGUCUUGCAGAAAGCUAGCUGUCGCUACAUUAACCGUCUUCUGUCCCGGGGGGUCUGCAGCAGGGAGACAGGUGGUGUCAGGCGACAGGUGAGGAUGAGGAGCCGCAGCAACUCCGGAGUGAGGCUGGACGGCUAUGCCAGACUGAUCCAGGAGACCAUCUUAUGUCACCAGAACCCGGUGACUGGACUUCUCCCCGCUAGCAUCCAGAAAAAGGACGCCUGGGUCAGAGACAAUGUGUACAGCAUCCUGGCCGUGUGGGGGCUGGGCAUGGCCUACAGGAAGAACGCAGACCGCGACGAAGACAAGGCCAAAGCUUACGAGUUGGAGCAGAGUGUGGUGAAACUGAUGCAGGGCCUUCUGCAGUGCAUGAUGAGACAGGUGGACAAGGUGGAGAAGUUCAAACACACCCAGAGUACGAAGGACUGCCUGCACGCCAAAUAUAACACAGCCACCUGUUCCACGGUGGUUCGAGACGACCAGUGGGGACACCUCCAGGUGGACGCCACCUCCAUUUACCUGCUGAUGCUCGCACAGAUGACAGCUUCAGGCCUCCACAUCAUCUCAAACCUCGACGAGGUAGCUUUUAUCCAGAACUUGGUUUUCUACAUCGAGGCAGCCUACAAAGUGGCGGAUUAUGGGAUGUGGGAGCGAGGCGACAAAACCAACCAGGGAAUCCCGGAGCUCAAUGGCAGUUCUGUAGGGAUGGCUAAGGCAGCUCUGGAGGCCAUCGAUGAGCUGGAUCUGUUCGGCGUUCGAGGAGGACCAAAGUCUGUCAUCCAUGUUCUGCCUGAUGAAGUGGAGCACUGUCAGGCCAUCCUGUGCUCCAUGUUACCGAGAGCCUCCACAUCCAAGGAGAUCGACGCCGGUCUCCUGUCUGUCAUCUCCUUUCCCGCCUUCGCGGUGGAGGAUGCAGACCUGGUGGCCAUCACCAAGUCAGAGAUUAUAAGCAAACUGCAGGGUCGCUAUGGCUGCUGCCGCUUCAUCAGAGACGGAUAUCAUUGUCCUAAAGAGGACCCGACCCGACUCCACUACGAUCCGGCAGAACUCAAACUGUUCGAGAACAUCGAGUGUGAGUGGCCCGUGUUCUGGACUUACCUCAUCCUGGACGGGAUCUUUGCUGGAGAUCAUGUGCAGGUUGAGGAGUACCGGGAGGCCCUGGAAGGUGUUUUAAUUCGAGGGAAGAACGGCAUCAAACUGUUGCCCGAACUUUACGUUGUUCCCCCUGACAAGGUGGAAGAGGAGUACAGCAACCCUCACAGCGUGGACAGAGUGGCCAUGGGUCAGCUUCCACACAUGUGGGGGCAGUCGCUCUACAUUUUAGGCUGUCUUCUGGCUGAGGGAUUUUUAGCUGCGGGAGAGGUUGAUCCUCUCAACAGGAGAUUUUCCACACACUUCAAACCAGAUGUUGUGGUACAAGUUUGUGUCCUCGCGGAGUCGAAGGAGAUCCAGGAGUUGUUAAGAGACCUUGGGAUUGCGGUCCAGACGAUAUCAGAAGUUCUGCCCAUCAGGGUCAUGCCUGCUCGCAUCCUGAGCCACGUCUACGUCAGACUCGGAAACUGCAAGAAGCUGAAUCUGAGCGGGAGGCCCCACAGACACAUCGGAGUCCUGGGAACAUCCAAGUUCUACGAGAUCAGAAAUCGAUCCUACAUUUUCACCCCUCAGUUUCUGGAUCAGCAUCACUUCUACCUGGCCCUGGACAACCAGAUGAUCGUGGAGAUGUUACGAACGGAGCUGGCCUACCUGUCUUCCUGCUGGAGGAUGACGGGACGGCCCACUUUGACCUUUCCCAUCACUCGCAGCAUGCUGGUUGAAGAUGGAGAUGCUGUAGAUCCCUGCAUCGUAUCAACUCUGAGGAAACUGCAGGACGGCUACUUUGCAGGAGCGAGGGUGCAGAUGUCGGACCUCUCCAAUGUUCAGACCACUUCUUUCCACACUCGCCUCACCUUCCUGGAUGAAGACAACGAUGACCUGUUUGACGACAUGGAGGAGGAAGACAACGAGUUCAACCCCUCUGACCUCCCCGAUGAGGGCUCUAAGGACGUGUUUGACCAGUACCUCACGCAGAUCCUCCACAGCACCACCUCCUCCAAACGCCACCUUCCUCCCAUCCAGAGGGGGCAGCACCAUGUCUUCAGUCCUGAGCACACCACCAGAGACAUCCUGUCUUUCAUGGCUCAGGUCCAGGGCCUAAAAAUGCCCAAGUCCUCCUUGUAUCUACCGGUGACUCCGGUCAUGAGCAAGCACCGCAAAUCUCUUAACCUUCUUGUAGCUCCUCAUCCUCCUCCUGGACCACAGGCCUUGCAGCCCAAGCACCUGAGCAUUUCGGACCUGCACCUGCCACGAGACUCUCAGGGGAACACGGACUUUGCAGCGCUGGUGAAGCAGCUGAAGGAGUGUCCCACUCUGCAGGACCAAGCUGAUAUCCUCUACAUUUUUUAUGUUUUAAAAGGAGCUGAUUGGGUGGUGGAGUUGUCGGGCCCGGGUCAGGGUGGGGUCACCGUGCGUUCACUGUUGGAGGAGCUGUACAUCCAGGCUGGAGCCUGCAAAGAGUGGGGGCUCAUCAGAUACAUCUCUGGUGUUCUGCGCAAGAGAGUGGAGGUCCUCGCCGAGGCGUGCACAGACCUGAUCUCCCAUCACAAGCAGCUGACUGUAGGCCUGCCGCCUGAACCACGAGAACAAGUGAUCACGAUGCCUCUUCCUCCAGAAGAGCUGAACACUCUGAUUUAUGAAGCCAGCGGUCAGGAUAUCAGCAUAGCUGUUCUUACGCAGGAAAUUAUGGUCUACCUGGCCAUGUACGUGCGCUCGCAGCCCGCUCUGUUCGGAGACAUGCUCCGCCUCCGAAUUGGACUCAUCAUGCAGGUGAUGGCCACGGAGCUGGCUCGCAGCCUGCACUGUUCUGGGGAGGAGGCGUCUGAGAGUUUGAUGAGCCUGAGUCCGUUCGACAUGAAGAACCUGCUGCAUCACAUCCUCAGCGGCAAAGAGUUCGGAGUCGAGAGAAGCAUGCGUCCGAUCCAGUCCACCGCAACCAGUCCUGCAAUCUCCAUCCAUGAGCUGGGUCACACUGGAGCCACCAAGACUGAGCGCACAGGAAUCCACAGGUUAAAGAGCGAGAUCAAGCAGAUCUUCAGUGGCGGUCAUUCCUUGAGUAGCAAUGUCACUUCCCCUCGCUCAACGCGCUGCAGCAGCCCCUCCACCCCCAGCGGCAUACUGUCCCCCGUGGGUCACGGUCCAGGAGACGGCCACUUCCACUGGGAGGAGAAGCAGGGCCAGUGGCUGAGGCGGCGCCGACUGGACGGAGCCAUCAACAGAGUCCCCAUGGGUUUCUACCAGAAGGUGUGGAAGAUCCUGCAGAAGUGCCACGGCCUGUCGCUCGACGGAUACGUCUUACCGUCCUCCACCACGAGAGAGAUGACAGCAGGGGAGAUCAAGUUUGCAGUGCAGGUGGAGUCUGUCCUGAACCACGUCCCUCAGCCCGAGUACCGGCAGCUGCUGGUGGAGACCAUCAUGGUCCUGGGCCUGGUGGCGGACGUAGACGUGGACAACAUCGGAGGAAUCAUCCACGUGGAUCGAAUUUUACAUUUGGCCAACGACCUUUUCCUCAACGAUCAGAAAUCCCUCAGUGCCAGCGAUUAUUUCCUGGAGAAGGACCCGGCCACCGGGAUCUGCACCUUUUUUUACGACAGCGCCCCGAGCGGCAGCUACGGCACCAUGACGUACCUCUCCAAGGCGGUGACCACGUACGUGCAGGACUUCCUGCCCGGCUCCAGCUGCCUGAUGCAGUGAAGAAGAAAACUUUCAUCACGUUGGACUUAUUCUGACUUCUGAAUGUUCUGCUGCAGCAUCCCAGAUUCAGCAGCUUUUUAUUUUGUCGUCAGUCUGCCGUUUAAAUAUUUAUUAACUUAAGUUUGACAGUGUUUAAAUUUAAAUGUGUAAAGACACGAGC